GAGACACGUGACAGUUGUAAAGCUAACCAGCUAUGGUCACGUGACCAAUGAUGUUUCGAUCACGUGACCACAACAGGUCCUAUUUAAUGGCGGCCGCCGUUGCUCGCUGCUCUGUGGGGCUCCCCAGCAGGAAAGGAGUGGGUUGUUUCCUGCGAAGAGUUUCGUCUCUCGGAAGGUGGAGUCGCUCCAAAGAUCUUCUGUGUGAGCAACAUCGUAGCUUUUUCUGGCGGAAAUGGAAAAGUUCUCACAACGUGGUUCGGCCUGCUACUGUUCGGCCAGCCUACGCAGUACCUAAGCACAUCGUGCAGCCUGACUACGUCAGCACUGGGCUGGUCCCAGAAUGGCCAGACUACAUCGAGAUCAAGAACCAAGAGCAGAUCGAAGGCCUUGCUAGAGCGUGUCAACUAGCCAGACACGUACUGCUACUUGCUGGAGGCAGUCUGAGAGUUGGCAUGACAACAGAUGAAAUAGACUUUAUUGUGCACCAGGAGACAAUCAGGCACAAUGGUUACCCCUCCCCUCUUGGAUAUGGAGGUUUUCCUAAGUCAGUCUGUACAUCUGUGAACAAUGUGGUGUGUCAUGGCAUACCUGACAGUCGCAAACUUGAAGAUGGUGACAUUAUCAACAUCGACGUCACAGUGUAUUCGGAUGGUUACCAUGGUGACACCUCAGAAACCUUCUUGAUUGGUCAGGUGGAUGAUGUCGGGCAACGGCUGGUAGAGACGGCGAGGCGUUGCAGAGAUGAGGCCAUUGCCGUAUGCAAACCAGGAACACAGCUUUGUGUUAUAGGAAAUACUAUCAGUGAAAUAGCCCAGUCCAAUGGCUUUCAAGUUUGUCCGUAUUUCAUUGGGCAUGGAAUAGGCUCGUAUUUUCAUUGCCAUCCUGAGAUUUGGCACCAUGCUAAUGAUAAUGACAUAACCAUGGAUGAAGGGAUGUCUUUCACAAUAGAGCCUAUAGUGAUGGAGGGGUCUCCAGAGUUCAGAAUCCUUAAGGACAAAUGGACCGCGGUGUCGGUCGACGAUAAAAGGUCAGCUCAGUUUGAACACACGGUGCUCAUCACAUCUGACGGAGUGAAGAUUCUCACCAAACUACCAGAAGAAAACAAUCUGUGACAGAAAUGGACUACUACCUGGAAUGGUACAUCAAUUGUGGAUCUAAGCUACUUUUUGUGAUUAAAAAAGAAAAGCAGUUAUGCUACCAGCUCUUAACGUAGAAUGGCAAAGACCAAGGUUUUCGAUCAUUAAGCAAUACCAACUUGUUCUGUAUGUUAUACUGGAGCUUGAGACUUACUGCUAAAGCUGAACUAAUUAUGUGGUCGAGGUAUUUCAUUGUCUUACAAAAUACGUUUUUCUUAAGCUAAAAGCCCUUUAGUGUAACUUAAAUUUUAUAAGUUGCAUUAAAAAAAUAAAAUAAUGUUCUUUUUUCUUUGAGUUUUACUCCCUUUGUGUGUUUAAGCUUGAAACUGUUUGGAUUAUAGAUAUGUAUUUUUCUUGAAAUACUUGAUUCUUAACUCUUCAUAUCCAAAUUCAGAUGAUAAAUGCAGCCAGGAGGUGGCAGCACAAACUCAGACUUUGCUGAUAAUGUUUCACGCCCUUUCAGUCUGUUAAAUAGAAGCAGCUCUACACCCCAUUUGACUCUUUUGUAUUUGUUUCUCAUUGCAGGGUUGUAAAAGCCGGUGUAUAAAUCUGAGUUUAAGCAAGCCUGCCUCUUGACACUGAAGUCUCCAUAUUGACAUUAAUCCAAUGCAGCUGUCACCAGUUAUGCACCAUUGGCAAAUUGCAGAGCAUGAAACUGUUCAGAGGCUUGAUAGGCAUUGUGUAAUGUAAUAUCUUGACUUUAUAUGUCACAUUUUUUUUUAGGUAAAAUUAAAAAGAAAGGGGUUAAGUAUUUGCUUGGGGAAGUAAAAGCAAUUCAUUGACUUUUCUUUACUAUGACCUGUCUCUGCAUCCAGUCUUCAGAUUGAUGUGAGGUUGAGCAAAACGUGAGAACAAGUACUUUGAGCACAACUAAGAGGUUGGCUACUGCUUUAGACGCUAUACUGCUAUGAAUGUUUGAGUAAAUGCUGAUAAAUCUCAAGAGACUUGGUAAUAUGUGAUCCCAGCCCAUUGUAAGGGUGUGUUUUCAUUUCCUGCUGGUGUGUGUGAGGAAGAGUGUGUAUGUGUGAUCAUACCAACAGUUUGUGGGCGAAGCAGGAAGGAUUAAUCAAAUAAAGGUGGGCCAUGUGCAUCCAGGAUAUGAUUCAAGUUUUAACAUAUUAAGUGAUUAAUAUCAGGUGACGUGACUCGCAUAUGUUUUGUAACACUUUCAUUUAACGUACAGAAAAAAGCUCCAAAUUUCUACACUCCACACUUGACCACAGCUUUAGUUAUUUGUUAAAGAUCUACAGUCUUGUCUUUGAUUUUUAGGGUGGGGCGUGCAAACCUGAAGGAGCUUGCACUCCCUAUGAGUCAGAUUGUGAUGACGCAUACAUUUUUUUUAUAAUCAUCCUCCUGCAAAUGAUUGACGAAGAGCCUAACGUUCAGCUUGCACAUCAUUUUUAUGAUGAUGAUAGAUUCAGCAAAAGUGGAGAAGUGAAGGCAGUAGAGAUACAUAACAUCGAAGAAGUAGAAAAGAGGGGAGUGCUUGAGGGAAUUUUUGCUGCCGUCUUUCAUUAUUUUCCUGCAUGUUGGGACUCAAUCCCAAACCCUUUCUUUGCAGUUUUAUUGUAAAAUCUUCAGCCGCUGGAGAAGUGGAAAUCUUAACACUGGGGAGCGUAAGAUUUGAUUUUUACCCAGCUUUUAUAAAUUGUUACCUAGAGAUGUUUCUCAAGCCUGUUUCCCAUUCCAGGUGCACAUACCUACAUCCCUGUCUUUCUGUGAGUGAAGCUGUUAUAUUUCACACUUUUCUGGGACUUUUCACCGUGAAGCACCACAGACAUUUAUGGUUUCCCUGGUGAUCUGCAGCGUUGUGACAUUAACAGAGUGAUGCAUCGUUUCCAAACUUGUGCAGGCAGAUUUGCUUUAUACACAACAGACAAAUGUUAUCUGCUUAUUCAUACUCUGUAAUGAUUUGAUUCAUCAGUGAACCCAAGGGCUAAACUAACACCUGAGCUUACUUGGUACUUUGCUGAACCGGGACAUGUGGCCUCAGGCUGAACCAGACUGGGUAACACCCAAUUCCUGAGGGUUUUACAAACUGGAGGAUAAGAAAGUGAAAAUAGACAACAAAAAACACAUUUUCUUGUAGUUGCAUUCAAUUGUCAGCCUGUAUGUUUUUGGUUGAGAUUAGAUUUAAUUGUUAAGUCCGGUUUAUUAGGUUAACUAAACCUAUGUACGCAUGGAUUUAAAAUGAGCCCACAUGUUCUAGCAAACAAACUGUUAAAAUGUGGGUGUGUGGAUAUGAAAAAAAAGUAAACUGAGAUCUGCAGACAAGCACAGAGUGUUUUCUCUGAUAUUUACAAGGUUUAAAAUGAACUAGACUUUGAAUUUUAAAUUUCUGGAGUCUUAGUACAGUGUAAAUCGUGCUGUGAGCUCCUGGAAUAAACAAUUCAUCUACUCUCCCAUUGUGUUGCUGUGAUAAUUGUUUAUAUCUUUUCCAUCUGUGUGAGUCUUUGUUCCUCUGAAAAACUUCUUGAUCCUAAACAACCAAAGCAACUUGCCAAACUGUGAACAGGAGUGCUGUGUUACAGGUGGCGUGUGUGUGUGUGUGUUUGUGUGGAUGGUAUGUAUUGCCCGAGGCUGCUCCAAAGAGACUGAUAAAUUACAUCUUGUUUCUAUUGUUUAGAGAUCCACAUCACUUAAAUGCUCACUAGGAACAAUGCAAGGAACUGAGUACACACUUUGGUCAUAUUAGAUAAAAGGAACAAAAUCCUUUACCAAAACCAGACACAUUUCCCUUGAUUGGCUACAUACUUUUCGAAGUGAAAUAAACAAAUUUUUAAUAAAAGUGUUUCGUGGCACAAAUGUACUCAUGGUAAAAAGAACAUACACCCUCUCUGUUAAUUUCAAAGGUUUUGUGUAAUAAAUGAUCUGUGUGAUGGUGUUGUUUUCUUUGGCUUUAACAGUUUGAGUUUUGGGUUUCAGCUUGUACAAAAUUGCAAUCUAUACUGAGAAGAAAUGUGUUCAAAACAUGGAUUAGUAAAACUCGGUUUGUAUACAUUAGGUUGAUCUUACGAUAAAGAAAUGUCAUGAGUUCAGAUAAUAUAAUCCUCUGUGUGAUGUCUAAUUUAAUUUACGUAGGUUUUUACAGUGAACAGUGAAAAGUACGGAUUUCCACCAGGGCGUGUGAAGCUGCAGUAUCAAAGAAGUGAUGCAUCAUCUUCAGACUUGUUCAGGCAGAUCUGUCUCAUACAAAGCUGAGUCUGACUGAAUAAUCCAUUAAGCAUGGUAGAAAUCAGAGUUCAUCAGGCCUAAACAAAAUGGUAUUGUAGCUUCUUUGAUGCAUGACGUCUGGGUCAUGCAUCAAAUGUUGUGCUUUCAGCAACAAAAUUAAAAAGAUCCCAGUUGUAAAACAGGCGGUGGCUUUAUAAACGGCACUCUGGAGAGGAUGAAAUCCUUUUGUUUUAUGUGACAGUUUAAAAAAAAAGAAAGAAUAAAAUCAGUACUGAUGAGCCUGUUGUGACCAGGCUUGGUCCUCAUCAGUCAUAAUCUGCUGUGGGAUAUGCUCCUGUUCUGUGUUACCUUAACAAGCUGAUCGCAAAAACAACUGUGCAACCAACUUGCUGCUAAUCAUAGCAUCACAUUUUGACAAAGAAAAGAAGAUUAAAGAAAAAAAAUGGAUAAGAA